UCUUCCUCCUCGUGGUUUGCCUCUUUCCUGAAUCCUGAUUCCCAUGCGGCGGCGGCUCUUCUAGCUCUGGCCGAAGUCGCGGUGGCCGGCGGCGCCGUUCCCUUCCCUUCUCCGGCGGGCCUCCCACGCCUCAACGGAGGAGAAAUCCCGCGCAGCCACGAAGCAGCCGGCGCCGUCUCUCCUUCGUGCCACGACGCGCCUCUUCCUGCACCGGCACAUUGGCACUACUGCCAGCCCGCCGCUCCUCUGUUCGCCACUUCGCCGUCCUCCGCCGAGAAUCCCUCUCCGCCGUCCUCCGGGAACGAGCAGCCCCCUCCGCCGGCCGCCGCUGCACUGUGCAAGACUGCAGCUCGCCAGCUUCCAUUGAGAUUUUGUUGCCAUGGCAUGGGAGCUUAUUGAGGUUGCUGGCAACCUAACUCCCUUUCAACAUUCUACAGUUGAUGUGGUGGCUGCAAAGAUUGAAUCCAAGGUAGCCAAUGCUCUCAUUAGGCAAUUGAAUCAGGUACUGCCACUGGAGAAUCUGCGGCAUGUUAAGCGGGUGCGUCGGCGUGUUGAUAGUGGUGAAAAAUCUGAGUUGUCAAUCAUCUUAUGCCUUUCCACUGGGCCUGAAAAUUGUAGAAAUGGGUUUCCAGAAGAUGUACAGAAGUUAGUGGAUACAUACCAGCUGAGCCCUUUCAUUGCUAAAGUUUCCGGUUAUCCUGCUAUGUCAAAAGAGGAGUGGCAAGAACAGUGUAAACUUUGGCCAACAUCUUAUCAUCCCCCAAAUGAAAUUGAUGGUGUAUCUGGAUUUAAAGAGGAGGAAUUACCAUCAAUAUUUGAUCGCAUGAGGACUGCUAUCCAAUUAUCAGAGCAGGUCGGCAAUGUUGCCAUUAUUGUCGAUCCAUCAAGUAUGGAAAUAAUUUCAAAGGCUAAAGACAAAACGCACCAGCAUGAUGCUUCUCUAAGGAACACAUGUGCCAGAGUCGAAGCAGAGAACGGUUGCUGUUUGGCUGAAGCAACUGAGGCUAAUGAUGAUGGCAAGUUGUUGCUGUCAAGCUCCCAUGUUAACAAUGGCCUAAACAUGGAGGUCUCUUGUAUGAACUCCUGGGGAUGGAUGAAAAGAAGUUCUACUGAGCAGAAGACAUUGCCCUCUGAAGAUGGUUUUCUGUGGCAUCCUCUGAGACAUGCUGCCAUGGUUGCCAUUGAAAAUGCCGCUGAGAGGGAUAGAAUACUGUUCCGUACUUCAAGUUCGUCAACAACUGAAGCAAAACUAAAUGGCGAUAUGGAGAAUUGUUCGGAUAAUGAACUAGCAAAGCGGCUAAAGAUAGAUGCAAAAGAUAAAGAACAAUCUGAGAAUGAAGAAUGCUGCAGUGACUUGUCUGGAAGAAACAGACCAUAUCUUUGCACAGGAUUUGACAUCUACCUUGUUUGGGAACCAUGCACGAUGUGUGCUAUGGCACUUGUACACCAAAGAUUCAAGCGUGUCUUCUAUGCUUUCCCUAAUCCAAAUGAUGGAGCACUGGGCACUGUCCACAGAUUGCAUGGGGAGAAAAGUCUAAAUCACCAUUACUCUGUGUUUAGGAUAAAAGUCCCUGACCAGUAUUUGAAUGGUUCAAGUGAUUGUUCUGAAAAGGCAUCUUCAGGUUUUGUAUCAUCGUAAUUUUGAGAAACCCAUGAGCUCCAAGCUUGUUGCUUCUGGUUUUACCUUUUUUUUUAGAGGAGGCAGCAUCGGUGGGCUUCUGGUUCCUUGUCUUCACUUCUCUGAGGACGGUGACUCCGGUCUUUGGCUCACCUGUGAUAUGAACCUACUCUUGUAAGGCUGUAGCCUUGGACAAUUUGCGGGGGCCUUCUCUCUUCCAGGUGUUGCGGUGCUUGUUUUCUGCUGUGUGUACCUUCUCCAUCUAGGUGCCGGGCAACAUCAGGGGCCGAGUCUGAAGGAUGGUGAUGUACAAGGCUCCUGUGGACUGGAAUGUAAUUUUCUUUUGCUUCAGGAAUUUUUCUGGAUUUUACAGGGGUUUAGUUGUAUACUUGUAUGGAUUGACCCAUGUAUCACAGUGCCUUUGCAACCCAAAAGAAGAAGAAAAAUGGCAUGAGCUUUUAUUCUGCAGCAAAAGAUAUCUCAGAUGCAGACUGAUUCAGUUUUCUUUUGUCAACUUUGUAUGGUUUAUCAUUUGCGUAGAUCUUGAA